UGCACUAAGCUAGUUUACUACUUGUGUAUGUACAAGUUAGCCAUCAAGCAAGAAUGGAUGAAUAAUGAAAGGAAAUAUAUGAAAAAAGUGAAUAAAGAAAACUUAUUAGGAGUUAAUGAAGAAAUAAUUGAAAAUCCCAUGUCACAAAAGCAAAAGAUUAUAUGGAAGAAACAUUGGGAAGAGAUAUGUAAAAAGCUAGAGGAUGAAAAUAAAAAUAAAUCCUUUAUAAUGUUCAUGGACGAGUACAAUAAAGGAGCCAUUAGAAAAGAAACAGAUGAAAUUAAUGUAGUAGAAAAAAAUAUAAAAGAAAAUGAAAUUGAAAAGGAAACAAAAAAGAAAGAAUACAUACAAUUAGAGAAAAAAGAGGAAAUAUAUAGAAAAGAUGAAAAAGUAGGGAAAAAAAAAGAAAAGAAAAUGAAACAUGUAGAAGGAAAGGUAGAAGAAGUAAAAAAAGAGAGCAAUUAUAUGACAUUGAAAAAGAAGCCGAAGAGAAAAAUUAUAUUAGAAAUACAUAUGAUGAUAAUGCGGGAUUGUGAAUAAGAGGAGCGGGAAUUAAACAGGAUAAAAUUUUUAGAAAUUUGCUUGAAUAAAUGAUUAAAAAAUGAGGAAAUAAUUGAAGAUGUAAUGAAAAAAAAAGUCACACUGAGAAGAGAAAAGGAAAGAAGUAAUGUAGCAUUAGAAAAACAGAAAAUGUUAUCAAAGAAAUGGAUAGAAAGAUAAAGAAAAAUGUUGAAAAAGUGGAAAAAGGAAUAAUGGUUUAAAAAUUUGAAAGAAGAAUGGAGAAAGGAAAAAAAUAUUUAUGCAGAAACAAAAGAUAAACUAGAAACCAUGAAUAGACAUGAUAAAAUAGAGAACAAUCCCACAUUAGAGAGGAAAAAAAAAUAGUUUAGAAAAUAAAAAGUAGCAAUAGUGGAUAUAGAGAAAGAUGUCAAUAUAAAGAUAAAGAAGGAAAGGUUAAUAUAUAACAUGUGUGUAGAGAUACAUAUGAUAAUAUUAGAUCAGUGUAAAGAGGAAGAGAUAAAGUUGAUGAGAAAUGAAUAUCUUAAAUCAUACUUAGAACAAAAGAAAGAAUAUAAAGGAUCAUGUGAACAAGAAAUAGGAAAUAAGAAAAUAGAUGAAAUAGAAAAAGAAGGAGAAAUGAAUAUUAUAAUAGUGGUUAAUAAAAGGUAUUAUUAA